AUGGCUACCAUGGUUGCUUUCUUGAACUUGAUCAUCAUACUUUCAGUAGUCUCUACCGGAAAGUCACUGAGCUUAAACUACUAUGAAAAUACAUGCCCUAAAGUGGAGUGCAUUGUUGCCAAGGCAGUGAAGGAUGCCACUGCUAAGGACAAAACUGUUCCAGCAGCACUUCUUCGAAUGCACUUCCAUGAUUGUUUCAUUAGGGGGUGUGAUGCCUCCGUGCUGCUAAAUUCAAAAGGAAACAGCAAAGCAGAAAAAGAUGGGCCACCAAACGUUUCUUUGCAUGCAUUCUAUGUCAUUGAUGCAGCAAAGAAAGCACUAGAAGCUGCAUGCCCUGGUGUCGUCUCUUGUGCUGAUAUCCUAUCUCUAGCAGCAAGGGACGCAGUUUUUCUGUCUGGAGGACCUACAUGGGAUGUUCCUAAAGGAAGAAAGGAUGGAAGAACAUCUAAGGCCAGUGAAACCAUACAGUUACCAGCUCCAACCUUCAACUUAUCACAAUUGCGGCAGAGCUUCUCUCGAAGAGGACUGUCUGGGGAAGACUUGGUAGCUCUGUCAGGGGGGCAUACUUUGGGUUUCUCUCAUUGCUCAUCUUUCAAGAGCAGACUUCACAGCUUUAAUGCUACACAUGAUGUUGAUCCUUCAUUAAAUCCGUCAUUUGUAGAAAAACUGAAAUCAAUUUGUCCACUAAAAAAUCAGGCAAAAAAUGCAGGCACCACUAUGGAUCCUUCUUCAGUAACUUUCGACAAUACAUAUUACAGGUUGAUCCUCCAACAUAAAGGCUUGUUUUCUUCUGAUCAAGCUUUGCUCGAUAACCCAGAUACCAAGAAUCUGGUUACGAAGUUUGCCACCUCACAAAAGGCAUUUUAUCAGGCUUUCGCAAAGUCCAUGAUCAAAAUGAGUAACAUCAACGGGGGCCAAGAGGUUAGGAAGGACUGCAGAGUGAUCAAUUAAAAAAUUAAAUCAAUUUGAUAGUUGAUGUUCCAUACAAGUUAUUCAGUACGAAGUUGGUGGAAAAAAGUUCCCAGAAGGGCAAGAAUAUUGCAUCUUUUUCCUCCACAAAAAAGAAAUUGGUAUGUUUAUCUCAAGUUAAUAAAAUAUUAAGCAUGUCUUGGGAAAUUAA